AUAGAUCAGCACGAAGCGACUACAGAAUUCACAGCGACGAUCCCUCCGAACGUCUCAUACGAUCUCGUACCGGUCUCGAUUCAUCCUGCGCCUCGCUCCGCCCAAAACGAGCUCGGCAUCGAGCAGGUCGCAAGAUGUGGGACGACGAAGACAACAACCCAUACGGGUCCUUUCACCGUCGCAACUCGGAGACGUCCGAUAUCGUCUCGCCCACGGAGCGUUUCAACCGACCAUCGACACCACCAUCUGGCAACUCCUCACCCGAUCAGCAGCCGCACUUCAUAUCCAGACCCAGUGACCUCAGUGAUGAAGAGCUCGACGACGAACGUGGAAGGGAUAUCAAGCCGCAGCCAAAAGCGGGCGGAUAUGACAGUCGGAUAGAGCAGAUUCUAUAUGAGCAUCCGGACCUCGAAAUACAAAUUGUAUAUGCUGGGAAGAAUACUGAGGGUGGAGGUGGUUACAUCAUGUAUACGAUUCGGACGGGAGAGAUUGAGGUGCGGCGGCGAUACUCUGAGUUUGCAUCUCUGCGGCAGACGCUGGUCAACCUGCAUCCGACCCUGAUUGUCCCGCCGAUUCCGGAGAAACACAGCAUCGCAGACUAUGCGGCUAAGCCAACGAAAGCGAAGGAGGAUCUCGGCAUAAUUGAACUCCGUCAACGAAUGCUUGCAACUUUCCUGAACCGGUGUCGCCGCAUGAAGGAGAUUCGUGAGGAUGGGGUGUGGUGGAGAUUUCUGGACCCAAAUGUUAGCUGGAGCGAGGUCCUGCAUUCACAUCCAGCUGCCAGUGUACCGAAGAGCAACCUGAAGGCCCCUCCGCUUGACCCAGCAAAUCCAACCCCGGCUCACUCAUAUCUUCCUGUACCCUCACAGAGUGCAAAGCUGCGGUCUUCUUCUGGUUCUUCGGCAUCCGGUACACCUACAUCUCCACCCCAAGGCUCCACCAUCACAUCGGCUGCUGCUCAUUCAACUCCACAACUUCAAUUUGCGCGAUUCCCUCCGACUUCCCAGAACCUCAGUGAGAGCGAACUCGAUCCGUAUUUCUCGUCGUUCGAGAGCAGCUCGAAGGAGCUCGAGACUCUGCUUACCGGCUCCAUGGAGAAAGUGAACGCACGAUUGUUACGACACUUGUACAGUCUGGGAGACGAUCUGAUGGAUCUCGGUGCGCGCUAUAACGCAUUCUCACUAUCAGAACAAUCUGCCAGUGUCGCGCAUGCAAUUGAGAAAGCUGGCCAGGCCUGUGAUUUCACCUACAUACAAUCCCGGGAUCUCUCUUCCGCCCUGAGCGCGGGUUUUGCAGAGCCCAUGAGGGAGCAUUCGCAGUUUGCCAGCGUCGUCCGAAGCGUUCUGAAGUACCGCGUGCUCAAAAGAGUACAGGAAGAGAUGACCCGCGAUGAGCUCGAGAAGAAGAAAGGCAUGUUGGAUCAGCUCGAACGCAGCGAGAUCGAAGCGAAACGGAUCGAACAAUACAUGAGUUCAUCGGGAAUGCACAGUCGUCAGCAGCCUCCGCAACGCAGCACAAGCAGCGGCAGCAAUCGCAAUCGACCAAGUUCACAGGACGACAAUGCAUCCGUUGACAGUGAUUUCCCACCCACUGGAGGCAAUGCACCGAGCGCGCAGCAAGGGGCGCCUCACGAACAGCCAUACUCCAGCUCUGCACAAUCACCACCUGACGGAAGUCACAAGCGAGCCAGCAGCGGUGUGGCCAACAAGAUUUUCGGUCGUCUCACGCAUGCCAUUCAGGGCGUGACAGAUCAAGACCCAGAGCGUGCACGUCGAGAUCAACUCGGAAAGACCAAAGAGAGCCUUGUCCAGCUGGAGCAAGCUCUCGAGGUCUCGCAGAAGGAUGUCAAGGAUGCCAGUCAGGGAGUUCUACAGGACCUGCGGCGAUUCCAGGGGCAGAAGGAGGAAGACCUGCGGACGUACAUGCUCAAUUUCGCAAAAUCUCAUGUGGAGUGGUCAAAGCGAAGUUUAGAGGAGUGGAAGAAAGCCAAGAGUGAGAUCAAUAAGAUCGAGGUCCGAUGAUGCACACGAUAGGUGGCAUAUUUUUUAUAAUCGAUUCACACAGUCGCCGUCUUCCGAUGUGCGAGGGACAG